CACAUUUCUAAAGUUUCCCCUGUCUUUUUUUGGUUUUUUUCUUGGAGGAUUUUAUCAAUGGAAGAAAUUGAAGUACCUCAAUAUUUCCUCUGUCCUGUAUCUCUUCAGAUCAUGAAGGACCCUGUUACGGUGUUGACCGGGAUUACAUAUGACCGUGAAAGCAUAGAACAAUGGUUGAAGACGGCCAAGAAAACGACGUGCCCCGUGACGAAGCAGCCGCUGCCAAGAGACACUGAUUUGACACCAAACCAUACCCUGCUAAGGCUAAUCCAGGCGUGGUGUAUUGCAAAUGCCAAGUAUGGGAUUGACACAAUUCCAACACCCAAAUCUCCUCUCAAAAAGAGUCACGUUCUUGGACUUAUUGGAGAUCUUGGGGUUGAUCACUUGUGUGUAAUUGCUGUGAAAAAGCUGGAAGCUUUAGCCAAGGAGAAUGAGAGGAACAGGAAAUGCAUGGAGGGAGCUGGCGUUGCUAAGGGUAUGGCUUUGUUCAUGAUAAGGUGUUUCAAGGAAGGCAGAGUGAUCUCUGUUCUUGAGGAAGCUUUGAGUAUUCUUCAUCUCACUUGGUCUCAAUCGGACGAAAUUAAAGGUCUUGUGAAUGAAAACCAUGAUUUCAUUGAUUCAUUAACAUGGGUUCUUCGAUUAUCUGAAAUUGGAAGUGAUCAAGUUGUUGUGAAGACGAAAGCAUUGCUGGUGUUGAAGCAGGUGAUGGAAGUUGCAAAGACAAGACUCCUGGAAAGAUUGAAACCAGAGUUUUUCAAAGAAAUUACAGGGUUCCUUAGGAAGAGAAUCUCUCAGCAAGCUACCAAAUCAGCCUUGCAAAUAUUAGCGGAGGCAUGUCCUUGGGGGAGAAACAGAUUGAAGAUUGUGGAGGACAAUACAGUGUUCCAACUCAUUGAACUCGAGCUAGAAAAACCCGACAAGAACAUGUCUGAACUCAUAUUCAAUCUCCUGGCCAAAUUGUGUUCAUGUGCGGAAGGGAGAGCUCAAUUUCUAAGCCAUGCUGGUGGCAUAGCAAUGGUGUCCAAAAGGAUCCUUAGAGUUUCUCCAGCUGUGGAUGAACGAGGAGUUCAGAUACUCUCAUCAAUCUCGAUGUUUUCUGCAACAGAUGAAGUUCUUUUGGAAAUGUUGACAGUCGCAGCUGUAACGAAGCUGUGCAUGGUGAUUCAGGCAGACUGUGCUGCCCAUUUGAAAGAGAGAGCCAGGGAAACUCUGAGGCUGCAUUCUAGUGUUUGGAACGAUUCUCCUUGUAUUGCUGUUUAUCUCUUAACAAGGUACCAGAGAUAGCACUAGGAUAUGGUGAAUUUUUUUUUUUUUUUUUCAAACACACAUCGUUGUAUAAGCUAUACAACAGGAUUUGGAAAUCUACAGCCGUGCACCCCUAAGGGAUGAAUUUCACGAAAUUAGUGUUCUUUCCUUCCUUAUAAAAUUGAUACAGAUAC